GAAUGGUGUUGUGUUUACGAGCUCUGAUGAACGCCCCAGAAUCACCGCAGCGCACAGCUAGCUUGUAUUUCUGUGUUCUGUAGCUAACCUUUUCUUGCCUAAAACUCGUUUUAAACUUAGAGAAACUGUUAACCACGUUAUGAUUCACAUGGAAGGUAUAACCAAGCUCAAGUUCGAGAUUUCCUCAAGUCCAGUGGAUUAAUCCAAUGUGGAUGUUACUAUUACUGUAUACAGGCAUCAUGGUGUACAGUUAAAGUCCUCUGAGCAUAUUGGCAGUAGCAAACGAAGAUAAUAUGCAAUCAAUCAAGCAAGAGGUGGACUCCAGUGAGUCCUACAGUGGAGAUGAUGCCCUUGUCCUGGCUGUGGCCUUACAAGGGGCUAACAGAGACCUGAUGGGCCACAAAAUCUCUGCUAUGCCGUUCAAGGCUAAAACUACCUGUCGCAGAAAAAGGGAGUUUAUCCCAGAUGAGAAGAAAGACACUGUUUACUGGGAGAGGCGACGCAAAAACAAUGAGGCGGCCAAGCGCUCAAGGGAGAAGCGGCGCAUCAACGACAUGGUGCUUGAGAACAAGCUGAUGGCGCUGGGAGAGGAAAAUGCCUCCCUCAAGGCUGAGCUGCUGUCAUUGAAGCUGAAGUUUGGUCUGGUGAGCUCAGCAGCAUAUGCCCAGGAAGUCCAGAAGUUAUCCACCACCACCACCCUCUUCCAAGAGUUUGUCACACCUAAUGCUGGUCACAGUUCUUCCAACAGGGAUUUGGAACCUCUUCACCUACGCAGCAGCUGCAUAUCAGUCAUCAAGCAUUCACCUCACAUACCAGAGACAUGUACCGCAUCUCAGGGUAGCUUUAGUAUCUGCAGGAACGCAGAGGUCAAGCAAGAACCAGCAGAGAAUGGCAGCUAUGCACAGGAGAGGAGUAGUCCCUAUGAACUCUAUAGGAACUACAUGGCCAGCCCUUUGUCUAGAGUCUACUCCCAGCCUGCUUCAUUCCUGCAGAUCACCAGGUCAUCCAGUAACUCCCCCAGGAGCUCUGACGAUGGUGCUGUUAGCAAAUCAUCAGAUGGAGAGGAUGAGCAGCAGGUCCCCAAAGGCUUGAUGCCAUCUGUAGCUGACCCAAGAAGUGUCAUUGUCUCCACACACAAAGUGCCAGAUGCUAAUUCCUCAGCUUUGCCCCAUAAACUGAGGAUCAAAGCCAGAAGCAUCCAAAUCAAAGUGGAGGCCAUCGACCCUGAAUACGAGUCGUCCGGAAAGUCCUCCUCUCCCGUCAACGUUUUAGAUAGAGGAUGCUAUCAGACCAGUCAGGACUCUUCAGAGUGCACUGAGUCCUCUCUGUGCCCUUUGUCAGUACAGGUCACCAACAUGCAAGACUGGACCCACCGGUCUGAGCAGUGGCAUAAAAGCAGCACAGAAACACUGCAGGAUGGCUGCAAGAGCAGCAGCCGAAGUCUGAGCCCCGUCUCAAGCAAAACCAUUGUGGAUGUAAAAGAACCUUCCUAUGCACACUCAGACGCUGAGGACUUGUAUCUAAAACAGGGCCUUGCCAACCUGUCUGCAAAAGUGGCCUCUCUGAAAAGACUGAUCACAACACAAGAAGGGUCUGUGAUCGAGUCAACCAAAAGCACCACUGAUCAUCAUGAGUCAUUAACAAAAGGUUGUUUCCCUGAAUGACCCUUUGUAUGUUUUGCAUUUCCACUGUAUUCGCUGUUGCACUGUGUGGUUGAUAUUAGAGUAAGGCAAUGUUUCAAUUACCGUAAAUUUUCAAAUAAAAAGUGUUCAUAUAAGCAGGGUCACAAAUAUUAGCUGCGGUGAGCAUGAACAGCUGAUGGCUAAUGAAGGCUAAUUAAAAAACACUGAGAAGGAGAGUUACCUGUAUUGUACAAUGUCAGAGUGGUGUGAUACUCGCCACUCUACUGCUCAUAGUUUCUCCUCUUCAACAGAAGUACUGCUUUCAUUCACUCAUUAAAUCCACUUGCUGCUGCUUCUCCUGUUUUUUUUUUUUUCAACCGCUGUCCAAUUACCGUCAAAGAGUCAACACAUGCUGCAUGUUUUUAAAUUAAAAGCCUACCAGGAACAGGCAGGAUUAUGUCCUUAAAGGAAGCUUGGGAGGAUUUUAAUGUGAAAAAUAUGUAAAGGUGUGUUGACUUUCGUUAACAACAGCUUUUCAGCCAUCAAACAAUGGUGAAAAGUGAAAGUGACUGGAAUUAAUCAGUGAAUGAAAAUGGAUUUUCUGCUUUAAAAAAACUAAAAACUUAGUGAGAGCAGCAGAGGGGUGCGUAUGACAUGACUGUUUUACUGAUCGAGUUAGUGCUGGGGAAAUGUACAUUAUACUAAAGACUACAGGUAAGCAUGGAGGAAGUGUUUGCAUUAAUAGCAAAAUAAAACAAGAUAAGAUCAGACAUUUUACUAAAAUAUGAUCAAAAACAAAAUGGGAAAUUAGAUAUAAAGACCUGUCAAUAAUAAAUAUGUGGUUCUCUCUGCAGGGGAGGUAGCCUAAAUGAAGAACUUCAGGCCACUAUUUAAGAAUUUACAGUAAAUCGUUAAUCAAUGAUGUGUGACAGACAUGAUUAAUGUGUAGAGCAUUGUUAUGUGUGAAGCUUUUAUUUUCCUUUUACCAAAUGAUUCAUGACUGCUGUCACUGGGCUCUUGCCCAUCAGUAUACACCUACUGUCACUGAACACUGUUCUGUUUGGAUUUUAUGGAGCUGGAAAAAGCACCAGUUAUGUUAGUACAGCUGGCUCCAAUGUGCCCUGCUGCUGUUGUCAUUACAGGUCGGGAUGUGGGAUUUGAUUAUCUGGGUUUGUAAUCUGGUCAUUCUUUGCCUUAAAGCUGAAAUCAGUCAUGUUUUUAAUUCAUGUAGUAUGGUUAUUGUAUCCACCUGUAUGUCAGAUUUACAGCGGACACUGGAGCUAGAGACUCUCCUUACUUAUGCUGAAGAGCAUUGUUGAUCAGGAUUGUCGGGUUACUUAUUAGGACUUUAUUUUAUGGGUUUGUCAUUUUUAAAAGAAAUAUCCUAAAAAGUAUUAUGCAAUUUGGUACUUAUAUGAAUUGGUACACUUAAUUACUUAACUUUUAUGAAUUACUAAUGUGACCUCAGUCAGUGCACAGCAGGUCAGUUGAUGCAAAAGUGUGAAAUUCGUCUCAAGUCAAACAUAAUUGAAUAUAUAUGGCCAAUAAAGUUUCCAAGAAUAAAUACAUUUAUAUUUACUUGGGUUUAAAUGGAGCUUUUCCUUCAAGGACAUUUGUUUUUUCCUCGUAAUUAGUACCAAAUUGCAUAUUUUUUUUCAGGAAACUUUCUAGGAAUUUUUUUUUAGAAAAUUACAGACAGCUAAGAAAACCCAUGAUCAUACUCCUGUCCUGGUUGACAACGUUAAUGCUGCUCCCCUUCAUCACACCAGUGAACAAAACUGUAUUCUUGUUCAUGUUGCAGUUAAUGACAUCAUCACUGCAUUCCAACAGUGAGCUGAAACAUUCACAGACACCACACUACACACUCCAUCAUCUCUGCUGUAGUUGCAAAAGGUUACAGGUUUUGGCUUUGAGCCAAGUUCAAGUGUAACUUUGAAAAAGGCUCCUCUACAUUCACUGUUCUCUUGUUUCUUUUGAAAGGAACCCUAAAUAUUGCCAAAUAGCCAUUGCUUCUCUUUUGUUUUUUUUUAGUGGAUAUUUGUUAAUUUGUUAAAACUCCAAGGCCAACGAUUAAAGCGAGUGUGUGACACUGGCUGGAGAGUCGUGACUAUCAUCUGAAGGAACUGAGAGGAGUGCAACUGGAUUUUAUCAAUGUCCAUGCCAAAUAAAUCUCUGAUGAACAGUUUAUUCUGACACAUUAUAUCCUCAAAUGUUUGCAAUUUGUAGAAAAUGAACAUUUGUAUGAUCAAAAAGUCAGCAUUAUACCCUUACAGUUAUUGUAGCUGACAGGGUUUCAUCAAAUGGCUUAUUUAUGAAUUUCAUAUAGCCAUUUGGGGAUGAUUGCAUCAUACCUUGUCAUGACAUUCUCUGUAGUCAAUGUAAAAGUGUUGACUUCAGUCAGCCUUAGUUGAUAUGAUGUCAUAUUAUGCAGUUCAUUUAAAAACAACAGUGUGUUUGCGUUUGUUGUCAUAGUCUGGAAUAUGAUGAUGGUAGUAACUCCAUUUUUCUCAGUAGCCUGAAGUCCAGCUACCUGUAUCUGAACACUUUUCUCAAGAUUUAUUGUAAUGGUGAGAUUUUGUUUACAAUAAAUGUCUUGUCACUGAAUAA